GCCAACUUCCUCAUGCUGCUAAAUAGCGGAACAUGCAAGAUGAUAGUGGUGCAGUCAUGAAGAACGCUCUGUAUGUGUGCUUAGAGUGACCCGAAAGGUGAUUCCUCGCGCCUUGUCCUCCUGCGAAACUUCCCAGAGAAUGGUAUUGAGCGCAAAUUAAUCUAUAACCUCUGCUGUGCAUUCAAGAGGCGGCAGGGAGACGGACGCCGAACUGGUUUCAUUUCAGUAUCGGAAGGAGUGUGGCUGUAAGACCUGAGCCGGAUAAAGAGAGCAGAACAAUGUCUUGGAAUAGAGACGGGUUGGAAAGCAUGUCGGAGACGGAGAAAAGCCAGUUGAAAAGGAUCUUGGAGUUGGGUGCCGUUAUGACUGUGUUUAGCCUGAAAAAGUCCCAGCCCGAGAGGAGAACCUUGCAGGUGAUAAUGGAAACUCAGCAGCUAUCCUGGAACAGGACGGCGGACAAGAUCGAGGGUGUCCUUGAUUUACAAGAGAUCAAAGAACUUCGCCUUGGGAAAAACUCGAAGGACUUUGAGCAGAUUUCAAAAGAUCAAAGAGACAAGUACAGUGAUGAUGUCUGCUUCACAGUGUACUACGGAUCUGAAUUUGUUCUCAACAAUCUCAGUUUGGCAGCUAAUUCAAAAGAAGAAGCUUCCAAAUGGAUAAAGGGUCUGGAAAUCCUCCACCAAGAAGCUCAAUGUGCGCCAACACCGUUACUAAUCGAAAGCUGGCUGAGGAAACAAUUUUAUUCUGUGGACUACACAAGGAGAAUCAGCAUCACCUUCAAGGAGCUGAAGAUAAUGCUACCUCAAGUGAAUUUCAAAGUACCAAAUGUGAAGUUCCUUAAGGACAAGAUGGGGGACAUGGGAAAUUCUAAAGAUGAUCUUAGCUUUGAACACUUUCACCACUUCUACAAGAACCUAAUGUUUGAAAGCCAGAAGUUGAUUCUUGACAUGUUUAAAGUGGAGGGAUCUGUGUUUAUUCUUGGAAGAACAGAUAAACUCAAUGCUUCAGUUUUGUACCUUCAUGACUUCCAACGCUUCCUGCUCCAUGAACAGAAGGAAUCAUGGGCCAGUGAUGUUAAAAAAGUUCGAGAGCUGAUGACUAGAUGUAUUUAUGACACUUACAGAGAAACAAACGAGCCCUUCUUCUACGUAAAUGAGUUUCUGUCAUAUCUGUUUUCAAAAGAAAAUACCAUCUGGGACACCAAGUAUGAUUCCAUCUGCAUCCAGGAUAUGAAUAACCCAUUGUCACAUUACUGGAUCUCAUCUUCACAUAACACGUACCUCACAGGAGAUCAGCUUCGUAGUGAUUCAUCUACCGAGGCAUAUGCUAGAUGCUUGCGGAUGGGAUGUCGCUGUAUUGAAUUGGAUUGUUGGGAUGGGCCAGACGGCAAACCCAUUAUUUAUCACGGUUGGACACUUACUUCCAAAAUCAAGUUCGACGAUGUUGUCGAUGCCAUCAAAAGUCAUGCCUUUGUUUCGUCAGAGUAUCCAGUCAUCCUUUCGAUCGAAGAGCACUGCACAAUUGAGCAGCAGCGACACAUGGCCACUAAGUUCAAGGACACCUUCGGGUCUAUGCUUAUAACCAAACCCAUUGAAGCAAACGCAGAGCAGUUACCGUCACCCGCCCAGCUUACGAACAAAAUUAUCAUCAAGCACAAAAAAUUGGAUUCCCAGCAAGAGACUUCAUGCUCAACUAUUUACACCAGUUUCAAGGAGCUUGAAAAGAAGUCUGGAUUUCUCUAUAUGCUGGAUCCAAUAGAUCUGAAAUGGUACAAACAUUAUUGCGUAAUCGUAGAUGGCAAGCUGUAUUUUUCAGAUCCAAGUGAUGAUGAUAAUGAAUGCACAAAAGCAUCAUGCCAGAAAAUCGACAGCAUGACUCGUCACUUCAAUGAGAAAUGGUUUCAUGGGAAAAUGGGCAAGGAUGGCAGACAGCGAGCAGAGAAGCUGUUACAGGAGUUCUGUGCAGAAACAUCGGGACGAGACGGAACGUUUUUGGUCCGUGAGAGUGAUACAUUCCCCGGAGACUUCACCUUGUCAUUUUGGAGGAACGGAAGAGUUCAGCACUGUCGCAUUCGCUCUGUCACAGAUGAAGAGGGCAUUAAAUACUUCCUGACGGAUAACUUAACUUUCCAUAAUGUCUAUGACCUAGUGCAAUACUAUCAGAAUACACCUUUACGAUGCAGUGAAUUUGAAUUAUGUUUAACUGAAGCAGUACCUUGCCCAAAUCCUCAUGAAUCUCAGGAAUGGUACUAUAAAAAUCUAAGUCGGGGAGAAGCCGAGGACAUGCUUAUGAGGAUACCCAGAGAUGGGGCCUUUCUGGUUCGAAAGCGAGAUGAGGCAAAUUCCUAUGCUAUUACCUUUAGGGCCGACAGUAAGGUUAAGCACUGCCGCAUUAACUAUGACGAAGGCAAGUACAUACUAGGGACCUCAGCAGAGUUUGACAGCCUUGUGGAACUUAUCAGUUAUCAUAAAAAACAUCCCUUAUAUAGAAAAAUGAAACUCCGUUAUCCAGUCACAGAAAAAAUGCUUGAGCGUUACAGUGUGGUAAAAGACUAUGGCAGUCUCUACGGGAUAAAUUAUGUGGAUCCAAAUGAACUUGCACCUUCAAAGGGUUCAGUGAAAGCUCUGUACGAUUAUCAAGCUCAACAACCAGAUGAACUUUCUUUUCCUAGAGGUGCCAUCAUCUUCAAUGUCAAAAAGCACGACCAAGGAUGGUGGACAGGGGACUAUGGAGAUCAAAUACAAAAAUACUUUCCAGCCAACUAUGUGGAAGAAAUAGCAGCUGAAAUUCAAGAGGAAGUAAACAACCAGCUAACAGAAGAUAAUCCCCUAGGUGUAUUUUGCAGAGGGAUUGUCGAACUUGCUAACUGUUCUGUUGUUAAACAGGUAAAUGGGAUGAAUGAGAUGACUUACGUGUUCACUAUCCAACCAAAAGUACCUGUGGAUGCACCGGCCCUGGAUAUUGCUACUGAAACACUGGAAGAUUUGUUCUCCUGGUACCAUGAAGUGGUACAGUGCUCUCAGAAGAUAUAUGUACAGGAGGAGAAUCGAAAUGAGAUGGAGAGGAAACAACAGAUUGCCAAAGAGUUGUCUGACUUAGUUGUGUACUGCAAACCAGCAAAGUGCAAAGACUUCUUUCCAACUGCGAAGGAUGUCAUUGAUUACAAGGAAAUGAGAUCAUUUGCAGAAAAUAAGGCAGAAGCUAUCCUCAAGCAAAAACCCAAAGAGUUUCGAGAAUACAACCGUAAGCAACUUUCCAGAAUCUAUCCCAAAGGACAACGCAUUGAAUCUUCCAACUACGACCCAAUUUUGCUGUGGCAACAUGGAUCCCAAAUGGCUGCUCUAAAUUUCCAAACACCAGAUAAGUCAAUGCAGCUGAAUCAAGCUUUGUUUUCUAUGAAUGGAAAAACAGGGUAUUUACUACAGCCUGAAUCACUGAGGAGUGACAAUCCCAAUAAACACCGACCAUAUUCCAUUAAAAUAAAAAUUCUUGGUGCCCGCCAUCUACCCAAACCUGGCAGGAGUAUAGUCUGUCCUUUUGUAGAAAUGGAACUGUGUGGGCCUGAGAAUGAGAAUGAGAACAAGAAGUUCAAGACAGUGGUGAUAAAUGAUAAUGGCCUGAAUCCAGUUUGGUCAGGAGCAACUGAAGAGUCAACUAAGGAAUUUGUCAUCCAAGAUCCCUCUUUAGCAUUUCUUCGAUUUGUUGUGUAUGAAGAGGACAUGUUCAGUGAUCCAAACUUCUUGGCUCAUGCUACUUUCCCCAUCAAAGGAAUCAAAACUGGGUACAGGUCUGUUCCUCUUAAGAAUGGUUACAAUGAAGAUAUUGAAUUAGCAGCUCUUUUAGUCCAAUGUGAAGUGAAUCAUUUAGGGGUAGGUGAAGAAGACCUUUACUCUUCACGUCAGCAGUUACGACAGCGGCCGGUUGAAGGGUUAUACGAUACUGCCCCGAUUAGGCAACGGACAUUAGAAGGAUUAUACAGUAGCAGUAUUCCCCGUCAGAGGCAAGCAUGCGAUCCAAUGUUAUAUGAUUCCAAUACACUGCCAGUUCUCAGGAGCGGAGGUCAGAGAGAACAACUGCCAGAAGUUCCAAAGAGGAGAGGCAAAGAUAAAGAGAAGAGACCUCACAACAAAUAUUAUCCAUGAAAGAAGACUGCCUUUGUCAUCAGUGCAUGGUGCCAUCAUAUUGUAAAGCAAAAGUAUUUACUGUUGUAAAUUAAAAGAUUUUGUUUUUAGGAAAUUGGUGGUCAGUAUAUCAAUGGAUUUAAUGAAUUUAUUGCACUAUACCUAAUUAUUGUUUUGAUCAGGUAAUUAAAAUCAUUAAUUUACUGCCUUCCCACUUCAAUGAAGCUCCUUUCAUUUUCCACGUUAGAUGGCCUGUUGAUUCCAAAGUCUUUCAAAGGAAUCUGUCCUACAGAUGUUAAUCAAUUGAAUGGUAUCACGUUAACCUAUAGUGCAGUGAUAUACAAGUAGUCCUUUUCAAUUAAGAACUCUAAUAAAAUUAAGUGAGACAGAAACCAACAUUUCAAAGUUAUUGCUGAUUAGAAUUUAAAUAUUAAAACAAUGAAUAAAGAAUAAAUAUGAAGGAUUGAGAAGCAGAUACUGGAAACCUGAAAUGAAAAUAUAUGGUACUGGAAAUACUCAUGGUCAGUCAGUAACUGUGGAAAGAGAAAUAGAACUGAAACUUAAAGUUGAUAAUCUUGCCAGCACUCAAGUUCUGAUGAAAAGUCUAAGAACUUGAAAUGUUAACUGUGUUUAACUCCAUAGACGCUGUCUGAUCAACUUGUUUAUCCCAUAUUUGAUAUGAUUAGCUUAUGAAGGGUUGAGAUCGUCGUAAUGAAUUAUGUGUUAAAUAGGAAAGUGCACAGAACUGAAUAUGCCUCAUUAUCUGUGUUCCAACUUUAGAUAAUUUUCGGAGUACUGGUCCAAUAUAGAACAGGAUAUCAUAUGGAGUCAGGAUUUGAGCUCAGACAUUGGCUUAUAACUAAAAUGCACUGAAACUGUUAAUGACAUAUCCCAUAUCUUCAAUGCAGAAGAAAACAAAAGACCAAAGGUGCCUUGCUUUACAAGUUAAACAUUUUUCAAAGAGGUAAAAAAAAACUUGGUAAAAGAUCAAGUGAGCAACAUGAUUAUACCCAAUGAAUGUGGAACAGAGACAGAAUUAGCUUGGCCUCGGAUAGUGAGGAAAAAUAGUAGUACGCAAACAACAGGAAUUCUGCAGAUGCUGGAAAUUCAAGCAACAUACAUCAAAGUUGCUGGUGAACG